CAUUGGCUUGGCGAUUGAUGUUCUCAACUCAGAAGUUUCGUCUUCUUCAUCGAUCAUGACACCGUACCAGUUACAGAAAUAUCAUGUUAAUGCCCUCCAUUAAACCUUUACCCACUAUGAGUUCUUAAGGUGGUGGUGAUUGUGUACUAUAAAUAUACUGACGCCACUGUUUAAGUCCGUUUGAUUCGGUUCUGGGAGGCUCCGAAUGUCCGCCGUGAUGGAGAGCUCAUGGGAGUCGACAUGCACUUGGUGGAUUCUCAGGUCUAUUAUUAUGCUCUACCUCAUGUUCUUAGCUAUAGUUAUUUCUAUGGUUUAAAUCUUUAGAAAUCCUUGCUGUUGUGAAUCGUUUUAAAAAAAGAAACUUCAAAAACAUGUUUCUGUCACGUUUUUGUCUAACUCCGCCGGUAGAUCAUUAUUUAGAGAUAUCACACCGGUAUUAAUACGUGACCAUAUUUUCGAAAUCGUGAAUUCAAUUUACCUCACUUUUUUAUAUUCCUUGAUUCUGUUUCAAACAUUUACCUCGACAUUCUGGAAAAUUGAUGAUUGUUGCAAGGGAAAGCAGUUUUUAUCGGUAAUUGUUUGACACAUUCCAGUCAGUACAGUUUCACCGCAGAUCAUCAAACGUUAACCGUCCCACGCAUUCUCUGUGAGUGUGACCAUCCUCCACAUCAGUGUCCUAUUAGUUUUAUUAUUUAGAAUAGACUUUGUUAAAUGUUGGUAUUGGUAAUAGUUUCGUGACAUAGAUCCAAAGAGGUUGUAAUUGCAAUAUUAGCGAUUUUAAGCUGCAUUAUUUUCAGAACGUCUUACAAAAUAGCAGCCAACGUCUUAUCCAUCCUAAUGAUAAACCAAACAAAUAUUGGUCUUUUAAUUUCUAAAUUGAAUGAUACUUUGUAUCUUCUUUGUCUGAUUAGGGAGGAGACAAAGACUGGUGCCAUCUCAGAGACUACUAAGGUGGAAGCUGUUGGCUAUUGCCAGUCUCAGGGAGUACCUGCCAAAAUGAAAAGGGCACAGAAGGCGUCGGUGAAGCGAAUGAAGUUCAAGAUAAAGUAUUUACGAUUUUAAUAAUGUUCCAUUUUCUUCUUGGUUGUUUUGGGCUUUUAUUUUAAUAUUUUUGUGUUUGUUUCUCAACCAAUUUUGGUUUGACUCUUUCAUACCUAUAUAUUUGUUCUUAUUUAUCACAAAAAUACACUUCUCUCAUAUUCCACAAUUGUUUGAGAACAUAAGUUUU